AUGGGGAAAUUGUCGUCCAGUGAGAAAGUGAAUCAAAAUGGCACAAAUACAAAUAACACAGCGAGCUCCCGGUUUCCACGCGAGGUUAUCCAGAUUCUUCGGAGCUGGUUGGCGUCAAAUGUCCGCCAUCCCUACCCCAACGACGAAGACAAGGAGAAGUUGGCUCAACAGACGGGCUUAAGCAAGGCUCAGAUUUCCACAUGGAUGGCAAACGCGCGUCGCAAGGAAAAUGUUCGGGCAUCUCGAUCUGGUGGCUACCCGAUACAUCGGAAAGAGACGUCAGUCUUGAGAGAAAUGAACCCGAUGGAACGAUGGGAGCACUCUCCACCAGAACACGAGCCUGUUCCAAUUGACGUUAUUGAAAAGGCUGCCUCAGCAUCCAGCAUCGAAAUAAGUGCACGAGGUCAUCCAGCUGGUUCUGGCCAUGUCGACGAUGGGUCGACACGUUCUAUAGGCCAUGGCUCAUCGGCAGGCAGUAUGGGAACAUCGCGUUCUAGCAAUGGCUCAUCUGGCUCCGCUUUCUCGCACACAUCACGAGUGUCUUUGGGAUCGUUUGGCUCUUUCGGUUCUGCUCGUAAGCGAGGAAGGCAUCGUCGCCGCCUCCCAGGCUCCAGGGCGAAUGGCAUGCACCAUAUGCGGCCCGCUGUGCACAAGUUCCAAUGCACCUUUUGUACGGAAACGUUCAAGACGAAGCAUGACUGGCAGAGACACGAAAAAUCGCUGCACUUGUCAAUAGAACAGUGGGUAUGCUCGCCGGAGGGACCGAGUCAACUCUGCCCUAGGCAAGGCUGCCUGGCGUGUGCUUACUGUGGACUGAAAGAACCACCACCUGAACACGCAGACCAGCAUGUCUAUUCUCUUUGCGUGAACAGGCCGUUAGCAGAGAGGACAUUCUACAGAAAAGAUCAUAUCAGACAGCACUUGAGUCACUUUCAUGAUGUCAAGUUCCAAAGCUGGUCUAUGGACGGAUGGAGGACAGCUGCGCCAGAAAUCCGGUCACGCUGUGGUUUUUGCGGGCACAUCAUGGAAUCCUGGGGAGAGCGCGUCGAGCAUCUGGCAGACCAUUUUAAAGGCGGGAAAUCUAUGGUUGACUGGACUGGUGACUGGGGUUUCGAGGAAGAAGUGCUGCGCAAUGUCGAGAAUGCUCUGCCACCUUAUCUUAUACACUUUGAACGCCUAAGCCCGAAUCCUUACGAAGCUUCCAAGGAAGAGGGAAUUCAUGAUAAAAUAAGUCAGAACUAUGAGGAACUUCCUAAUUCUGACUUGAUGUCGGAUCAUCAUUCUGCUGGCUUAAUAGAUCCCGCUACUGUUCAACACGGUCAAAUCCAUCUCGAUGCAAGUCAAUCAGGGCUUCACAGCUGGGUUCAGCUUCCGAAUGUUACUGGGACAGCUACAUCAGAUUCGUUCAAGCAGCAACAAGUAUCUUUUAUUGACCAUGCCCUCGACAAGUUCUGGAGCCAAGACCCUGUUAAUCACCAGAGUAAUCUCGAAAUGUUGAGCGAUCCAAAUAACAGCCUGCUUUCGAAGGAAUUUACACAACAAUCACCCCUCGGGACAGACGAUCCUUCAUUCAUCCAGGUCCUGAACAGUGAAGAAAUCGGCAGCCUUGAUCCUUCACAAGUAUUGCAUUGGAACCUCAUCGGCGAUGAUGUCCCCCAGCUCAAUGUUUAUCCCGAGAAAUUACCACGCCCCACGCCCCAGGGGCAGCCUACGUCGGGUGCAAAUUCCAUACGGCCGUCAAGAUAUUUCAUAACUGAUGCAAAUUGCUACCGAAGAUUGGAAAAAGAGCUCACCCGAUUUGUCCUCAGUUCCUUGAGUCCAAACAAUCCUGGGCAGCAUAUCCCAACCGACGAAGAAUUACAAAACCAAGCUCGCUGGAUAAUCUACGACGACGACGAUCCGUGGAACCAAACGGCCGCUGACAACGCAGAAUGGCUUGCCCGUUUCAAACGCGACGUUGGCCUCGCUCCCGCAGACGAGGGCCCCGGCAUGCCGCCUCUUGGUCCUCCUCGGGCGUGGAGACUAGAGGAUGGUGGCAGCGGCUUUCAUCCACCAUACCUGAAGCCGAAAGAUGGAAAGCUAAUCGAAUUCACGGCAGACGUCCCCGUGGCCGUGGAUGAUCGAAUAUACAAUGUGAGUCGAGAGACGGCUGAACAUUUUGCUCGCGCUCUCUGUGAGGGGCAGUAUAGACCUCCCCCCUCCGUAUUUUGCUCGCGUGAUCUAGAAGACGGCCUCCGUCUGUACGUUGAGGAGUGUCUUGGGAAUCUCCAUUACCCUACCGACGACGAACUGCGGACGAAGGCGCAGGAGAUCCUGGGCACUACAGCCACGGCAGCGGAUGAUCCAAACCUUCUGGAGAAAUUCAAAGCCGCGUAUCUGCUUGGGUAUCUGCAGAGAAAUAACCAUGAUGGAGCAAAACUGGUCGAGCAAUCAGCUCACGAUAUGUUUAACUCCGCACGAAGCGCAGUGAGCAUCGAAGCAUCCGAGAUGGGAAUUGCCAGCGACGUAGAGCCCUGGAGACUUACCCACAAUGGCGUAUAA